AUUCAAAUCGAAGCAUCAUCAUCACUGAACGCUCCUCCCUCAAUUCACAAUAAACAUUUCUGCAACUAAAAUCUCUAACCUUCCUUCACUCCCUUCAUUUCAAUCAUGGAUCCUCCAUCAACACCACCAAUUCCAAUCACUGAUGAACCAAUCCAUGAUUCUCUUCCUCUCAUAACCAAUGAAUCUCCAUCACCAUCCCCUUCUCUCAAAAGAUCCAAGACCCGUCUCGUUGACCGUCUUGAAACGGCCGCCGAAGAGUCUCCUGAGCCCGCCGGCUUACGUCGCCGUGGAAAGUCACGAGCCACUCAAAACAUCGCUAGAAAGGCGAGGAAGCCACGCUCUGAUGUUGAGAUUCGAGAAGAGAAUAAAGAUGUUUUUGGGUUGGUUGAAGAAUUUGGAAAACCUAGAAAGAGAAAGAAUGUCGGUCGACCCAAGAAAGAAAAACCGAAUUUGCUUCAAUCUUCAAUCUCAUCUCCAAAGAUUGAAGAAGAAAAUGGAGUUGAUUUUGAUCGUAUUGGGCAGCUGGUGAAUGAUUUGGUUAUGUGGAAAGAUGUAUCAAAAUCAACCCUUUGGUUUGGGUUAGGGUCUCUUUGUCUUUUAUCUUCAUGUUUUUCUCAAGGAAUCCAUUUUAGCAUUGUCUCAGCUUUGUCACAAUUGGCGAUUCUCAUGUUGGGUGUUUCUUUUUUCACAAAUUCAAUUUGUCAAAGAAAAACUGUUGAAGAGAAAUGUGAUGUCAAGGUUAAAGAAGAAGAUGUUUUGCGUCUUGCAAAAUGGAUUCUUCCUGCUUUAAAUUUUGCAAUUUCCAAGGCUAGAAAGUUGUUCUCAGGAGAACCAUCUAUGACUCUUAAAGUAAUUCCUUUCCUUCUACUAGGAUCUGAGUUUGGCCACUUAAUUACAAUCAGGAGACUCUGUGCCAUUGGUUUUUUUGUUAGCUUCACUGUCCCAAAACUUUAUUCUUGCUACACUAGUCAGAUAGACAAGAGAGCCGAGUAUUUGAAAUCAUUGCUGUUGGAAACAUGGUGUGCUUGCACUCACAAGAAGAAAGUGAUGGCAUCAAUACUCUUGACAUUCUGGAAUCUAUCUUCGGUUAAAACACGAAUCUUUACAGCUUUUAUGUUGCUGGUACUAUUCAGAUACUUAAAGCAACGUGUGGUGCAGCAGUUACAAGAUGGAGAAGCACAAGUAGGUGAGAAGGAACAACAGAAAAAAGAAUCUGUGGUGGUGGAAACAGAAGAAAAGGAAACUCAACUGGCAUUAGUGGUUAGGGAAACAAAUGUAGCAUCUUAUGAAACAGCUCUUACACUGAAAUCUUAACUAAAUUUUUUUAUUUUUUUCCCCCACCUCUUACAUACUAAAAAAUCAAUAUUGAUAUUGAUGGGAUGAUAUAACUUUUCAUGAUAAAAAAUCAAAUAGAACCAAAUUUGAGGUUUA